CACAAAGGCAUGAGGAGCACCAACCUGUUCAUUUCACUUGGGCUUCCUGAAAGGCAUUCUUUUCAUUAAGCUUGAGGGGAGGUGGUUUGGGCAUGUAAAGGAAGUAUUGCUUUCCACCGUGGGCAGUAAAUCAACUUUGUCACCGUGAGAGAUUGAAUGGAUUGAAUUUAUAGAGAUUUAAAAAGGCAUACGACAGAUUCUCCCUGGGUUACCUGGGAAAAGCGGGGAGUUUAGGAGAUACUUAAACCUAGGUUGCUGGUGAUGGUGGGGAGCUGGCUAGCUGUGGCUGCCAGACAUAGGAGGGAGACAGCCUACCUGGGAGUGUCUGCUGUGAUUGGUCAGCGUCUUUGCUGUCCACUGGCUUUUUUUUCCCACCACGAUGAUGAUAGUGUUUACAAGCUGAUCUCUUAUUUUGAUGAACGGUGACCACCAGGAGUGGCUUCAGUUCCAAGUUCAGAGGAUAUCUUAGGGCGAUAGUUUUGGAGGUUCCUGUAAUCACAAUCAGUCCAGUAAGUCUGACCUUUUUUAGGAAUUUGAGUUUUGUUCCUACAAUUUUCCUCCCAUUCUAACCUGGACCUUGUAUUGUGUCCCGGGUCAGAGCAGUUGUUAGUGGUAGCCAGGCACCAUCUAGUUCUUGUCUCAGCCUAGAGGAGGCUGUGGUUCGUGUGGGCAGUUGGUGCUGUGGACUAAUUGCUUCCUUGAGUCUUUGGUUUCCUUCACUCUCCUUUGCUGCAGAGGGGAGAGACCCAUAGUUGUAUCUUAGAUGGCUGCUUGCAAACUUUUAAGACCGCAGAUGCUACUCACCAACCUAGGAUGUAGAGCAUUAUCUUUCUGAGCUGUGUUAGGCCAGUUGAUGUCCACUGGCUUUUUAAAGAGUUCGUUAAUAGCUUGUGGGAUGCAACUGUAGGGUUCAGUUUAUGGCAGUGUAUUUCAAACUGUGAGUCAUAUUAGUGAGGUGGAAAUCAGUUUAGUGGAUCACAACUAUCAUUUUAAAAAUAAUGAAAUAGAAUAGAAAAUGUCAAGAGUGCAUUGCAUUUGGUAAAUAUUGUUCCUUGACACUAACUUGUUUCAGGUAUUCAUGUAUGAAUAUAUUUAGCAAGUGUUGUGCAAAAUGUUUCUGUACAUCACAGAGAAGUUUGAAAAGCACUGGUCUUCUGUAUGCUUUUAUUAGCCCUCUUGCCUUCCUUGUCCUGAGUUUUCAGUCAGUUAAAAUCGUCCAUUAGAAUUCAGUUAGCAGACUAGGAACAUAUGGUCAAGUGUGGGUCUCAUUCUUCAGAAAGGUUACUUACUGCCCAGGAAGAAAGACAGUUUACUUUUCAUUCAGUGCAAUUGAAAAACAAGGCUUUUGUUGAGGAUAGAAAUAUAUCUAGGAUUUGUCUGUAUUGGGAAGUAAAAAAAAAAAAAGUAGUUGCAGUGGAGUCAUUCCAACUCACAGUGGCCUCAUGUGUGUCCGAGUAGAACUGUGUUCCAUAGGGUUUUCAGUGCCAGAUUUUUUUGGAAGUAGCUUGCCAGACCUUUCUUCCGAGGUACCUCUGGGUGGACUUGAACCUCCAACCUUUUGGUUAGCAGCCAAGUACAUAACUGUUUUCACCACCCAGGGACUCUGUGUUAGGAAGUAGAUUAGCCUAAUUAGGGAAGUGUGGUUUUUCAUCAGGAGUCCCGGGGUGGUGCAAACGAUUAAGCACUGGACUACUGGCCAAAAGGUUGGCAGUUUGAACCCACAUAGACGCCUCAGAAGCAAGACCUGGUGAUCUGUUUCCAAAAGGCCACAGCCUUGAAAACCCCUUGGGGGCGGUUCUGUCUGCACACAUGGGAUCACCGUGAGUCAGACUGGACUCGAGGGGAACUAACAAGUUUUUCAUCUGUGAUUGAAGAUGGGGAUGAAGCUGGGUUUGGUACGCUGCCUGGUGGGAGAAGUCUUUGUCGGUUUGGAUUUGUUUUGGGUAGGAACAGUUUAGAUGAAAAGGAAUCUGGUUGUUAUUUUCUUGGAAGAAAUUGUUUAUUCUACCCUUUGAGCCUUUUGGGUGUAUAUUUUCUGUGGAACUUUUAAAAUAUUGUGUUGAUUUGAUGGUUGUAAAAGUUGAUAUGGUCUGUUGCUUGUAUGGAACGGUAAUGUUCACUUUGAGUCCAAAUAGCACUGAUAAUGGGUAUCUGGAAGCUGGAAAUGGAGGCUAUAGUUACCUGCUUUUUAGCCUUCUGAGGAUCACUUAAAUGUCUUUUUUUUUAAUUCAAUGUUACAGUUGUGAAUCUGAACAUGCGGUAGAUGCCUGACCUGUUUCUGCCUGUGCCUAAUUGGGAACACCACAUAAUAACAACAGACCUAAAGAAGUGUGUAUGCCAUCAAAUGACACUUUCCAGGCAGAAAGAAGAGGGAGCAUUUCAGACAGCCUGAAAUGAGAACCGAAAUCAGUGCACUGUGGAAUCCGUGAAGGGACAGUGGCCAAAAUGUUUUAUUAUUGCUCCUGAAUAGCAAGGGUGAAAACCUUUUUUGGAGUCCAUUUUGCAGGGACCCCUGGUUGACAGAGUCAUUGAGGCCUGGAGAAAGAAGGAGAGGAUGGGGGUGGAGAAGGAUUUGCCAUCUUGGGAUCUCCAUGGCUUUCUGUCCUGGGCUCUGGGGCACUCUCGCCCAUAUAAGCAAAGCCCUCAGCCAGCGCUGCUUCAGCACCACCGAGAGUCUCAGUGCCAUUCAGAAGAUGACCCGGGUGCGUGUGGUGGACAACAGCACCCUGGGGAACACCUCGUACCACCGCCCUCCUCGCUGCAUCCACGUCUAUACCAAGAAUGGGGUGGGCAAGGUGGGUGACCAGAUACUGCUGGCCAUCAGGGGAGAGAAGAGAAAGGCGCUCAUUGUGGGGCAUCGCAUGCCUGGUCCCCAGAUGACCCCCAGGUUCGACUCCAACAAUGUGGUCCUCAUUGAGGACAAUGGGAACCCUGUGGGGACCCGAAUUAAGACACCCAUCCCCACCAGCCUACGCCAGAGAGAGGGCGAGUAUUCCAAGGUGCUGGCCAUUGCUCAGAACUUUGUGUGAGGACAACCCAGGCCACGGGCUGCAGUGGGCUCUUGAAUGCGGUAGUUACGAGAACUGCACCUCCACUGAGAGGGAACUUGGGGCCAGGUGGCUGCCCCCUUCACAUUGGGCAUAAUGGUGUCCUGUAAGAAAAUAAACCUUUGCAUGUAUGUUUUCCUCCUGA